GCGAGCGAACAUAUCUAGCUAGUAAAUUAAGAAUCACUACUAGCUAGCGCAGUGAUUCGGGUCCAAUUGUACACAUUUUACCCCUCAUUUCUUGAUAGUUUGAAUUUGCAUUUCAUCGUCCAUCGACUUAUUUUACGCUAGGUUGUGUUAUUUUUGUUAUGUUUCAGUUCCUAGCACGUGUGGGAAGGUUGAGGACGAGUUCGAGACGAAUAGAAUCAAUGAAGAAAACAAAAGUGAAUGCGGCCAAGACACGGCUGUGUUCCCAGACCGUGUUCAACACCUUCAUCCUGGACACAACAACAUUUCAAGCGCCAAAAGGUUCUUCUCUCAAGACUAUAUGCCACUCCACAACCAUAUCCAAAGAGAGAAUUAAAGCUCAUGGUGGAGCAAUUUGCCUGGGGCACUGACAAAGGAUGCUCUAGCAUGGUCCUCCCAAUUGCCGCCCCUUUUGACUUAAACUUUCUACGGGAAUCGGAUGAGCUCCUUCGACACAUGGAGAGGCUAGGAGGGCUUGUUGAUCAAGCAUAUGCACAACUUGCUCGCAAUCAAAUCCUACCGUUUUACGGAAGAAAAGAAGUCGAAGAUGCAAGCCAUGAGAACUUUGGAAGAACGAGCUCCGACAUGGAUUUCCAACCUCUCCCUCCUCCUGGUUUGAAUCUAGAAGAGAAGGUGGCAUGAGCUUGUUCACGCCACCGCCUCUCACCAUGGAAAGAAGAAGAGGAGGUUAAAGGGGCGCUCAAUGACAACCAUAUGGAGCAAGAGGAACUCACCUCAAAGAACUCCCGUGGUGAGGAUGACAAAGAAGGUUUCAUUGAUCACCUUCCCCAGAACAACUUUGAAGACAUGAAUGAGAAGGUGAGAGAAGAGGUUAAAUAGGAGGAAGUGAGCUUUGAAGAGGAGGAAGAUCUUGAGUGUUCGCAAGGAGAGGAAAUUGAAGAAAAAGGAAGGGAGGUUGAGGAAGAAGGAGCAAGUGGCGUCCAAGAUGAGGACGAGGUCGAGGUGGAUGAAGCAUCCACGAGUUACAUGUGCUACCAAUGCUUUCUAACUGAACUUGACGCACUUCUCGAGAAGGACUCAUUUGUGGCUCUUUGCCAAACCAAGGUCAAAACAUCGCUAUCCCUCUUGGUGGAUGUGAUAGAGGAUAAUCAAUGACGCACUACAUGGUAUGGGGCAAAGACAAGAAAGAAGAAGGAAAGAAGAAGAGGUCUAGUGGGUGGAGCCUCAAAGCCACUCAAGUUCACGAGCCCUCAAUCAUGGACUCGUCCAAUGCACGUGACUUGGGACUUCAUCUCACCGAAGAGAACCUUAACUUCAAGGAGGUCCUAGGAUGGACCAAGGCUUAAGGAGAAACCGUCUAGCUUAUGACGUAAAAGUAGCGCUUGUUGGGAGGCAAUCCAAUGUAGGUUUGUGUUUAUUUUUAUGUUAAGUACUAUUAUUGUGAAAUAACCUCGCAUUCUGUGAGAAUGUGUUUGUGUUUUUGUGUUUGUUCCCAUGUGAAGCUCUCUCCUCUUCAUCUCUUGCCCAAUUCCAUCCCGACUUUCACUCACCAAGCUAUGCGGUAACAUCGUUCUACCUCUUAUUUUACGUCAUUGAGGGCAAUGUCAAGCUCAAGCCUGGGGGGUAGUCUAUCUAUUAUGCUUGUGUGUGUGAUUGAGUGUUUGGACCCUAGAUUUAUGCCAAAAUUUUAAAAAUUUGAGGACUCCAAGCAUUGCAUGUUCAUUGUGGCCGGUUUGUGGAGAAUCUUGUGUUUAUUAGCAUUGACUUUGUAUUAUUUACUUGCGAUUGAGUGCAUCCUAUUAUGAUGAUUGAGAAUUGCAUUAGGUUGGUGAAAAUGUUUAGGGGUCGUUUGGAUGAGUUAUUCAUAUGAGUUAUUUUCGUAAAUAAUCCGUUUGUCUACAAAAGUUGAUGGUGAGUUAUUUGUACUUGAGUUAAUUUGAAAUAAAUCUUUAAUGAGUUAUGGUCAAUACCUCAUAGCCUCAUAGGGGGUAGUUAUUGUGAAAUAACUCACAAAUACCACAUUCUUAUUUUGUGAGAAAUUCCACUUUUAUAUUAACUCGUUACACAACAACUCAUCCAAACGACCCCUUAGUUCUCUUAAGUGUGCAAAUAGAUGGCUACCUUGACUUGAGUACUCAUUGAUUUUAAUUGUCAUGCAUCGAAAUUGUGAAAUUGGAAUAGAUGAUUGAGCGGCUAAGUAGCCAUGUGAGAUUUGUGUUGAUCGUCUUUUUCAUGUGUGAUAGAUCCCUCUUGCCAUGGCGCGUAGCACUCACGUUGUCAUUAGCGAGGAAUAUGGAGGCAUAGGAUUAGUCCACUCCCAAAAGUUGAUUGUAACGAAACAUCUUAUCCCCUAGUCAACCCCUUUGAGUCGUGUGACUUUGGGUCGUUCUCAUUUUAGGAACUUGUGCUUUUUGAGCUUAAUGGUGACUGAUAGAACGACCCUUUCCUUUCUUCGUGUCUAAACCAUUGUAAGUUAUCAUUGUGUCUCGGAGCUCUCGCUUUUGAGCUCCAUUGAGGUUUUACAUAGGUGGAUUUUGCACGGUUCCUGCUAGGAGUGAAUAUGUAGUGUUGGAGGAAGUUCUUAAUAGAGAGCAUUGUUCGUU